AUGGUCACCAAGCCGCUUGCCAGCUUAUUCUGGACCUUUGCACUAUUCAGCAUCGCCAUUGCGGCGGACCAAUUCAAGUUCACGGGGCAUCUCGCACGCUUCGUUCCAAACUGCGCAAGCGGGUGCCUCGUCUCCUUUCUCAACGACAACUUUGCCGAGACGUCUUGCGACACGACUACUUCACUCGAGUGUCUGUGUGCUGAGACGGGCACUUCAGGAUUCACCAUUGGUGAGGGCGCAGUUCAAUGUAUCGAAGCGGAACAGUCGAUAGGAUCUUGUGCAGCUGGGGAGAUUGACAAUACAGCAUAUUUCAUGUGCUCUGGUCAGCCCAGCGCCGCUCUCUCGACACACACGGCCAUUGAGGCCAUUUUCAUCGUUCCGGCUACCGGUGGUGGCGUCAAGCUGGUUUCCCCCCAGACCUCCUCAAGCUCUUCGACGCGGUCCUCAUUGGCGACAACAUCAUCUACGCCUACGUCAGCAUGUCGCACAACACAUAUCACAACUCUGGCAACUUCGACCAGGGAGGCUGCUUCAUCCAAUGAAGCCGGGUCCGCCUCAAAUUUGACUCCCACUGAUGUUUCGAGCUCUCAAUUUACCCCUACGCCAGGGCCUGCGCAAGCCGAGCCUACCGAUGACGAAUCUGGUGGACUCGGAACAGCACAGCUUGCCGGCCUCUCAGUCGGUGUCGCAGCAGUUGCAGGCAUAUUGAUAGCAGCGUUUGUGCUCGCCAGGCGAAGGAGGAAGAGGCAGCUUUCUGGAUCCGACAACAGGUCGACGUCCAUCACCAAUCGUGACUCCUGGGGUUUCAACCCCAAAGAGGCACAGGACAAUGUUUUCCACAUCUCCCCGCCCAUCCACGGCAAGUCACCCUUGCUUCGGCCUGUUGACUAUUCAAGAAAAAGCUGGCGUCCAGACGCCAUCGGCUUGGCCGUGUCACGUCCGACAAGUGAGCAGAGACUGGUCGUAAAGUCUCCCUUUCACCGAAGAACUUCGAGGCUUUUACCGCCGAAGCCAGACUCACCACCAAGGCCGAUGCUGUCGUUGACAAUUCCCAAGGUCAGCCUCACAUCAUCGACUCCUCCUACCCUACAUGCAUCCGAGGGGCAAGGUAGACAGCGCCAGCACCAGACAGACUCUCAGAUCCAAGCAGCUCAGGUCGCGCAGCUGACAGCGCCGCCACCUGUUCAUGCGAACCUCCGCGAGAGCACCAUGACGGAAUUCGAAGAGGAUGGCUCUGGGCACCCAUCACUGGUGGGCCGAGGUUUUUCACAGGUUUGGCGACCUCCGUCGUCAAACCCACAAUCUGCAACAACAUAUUAUGUUGCCGACACAUACGGCAAUUGGGUUCUCGGAAACCCAAAGUCAAAGGCCCAAGCUGCUGAGCUUGCUGAACUGGAGGCACCAACACCAUUGACUGCAUCCAACAGCGAAAAGACAUUCAGAUUGGCGGCUGUAAACGCAUCGCUAGCUUCACAGGUCGGCAUCGGACACGGCGCCGGGAGUCCAGUGGCCCCUUCGGCACCCAAGGGACCUGCGCUGCCCACGAGCCUGGGUUUGCUACCACCAGCACACAUCAAGUCGGCUCAGGAUGUGCCACCGGCUCGCCCCGUGACUGUCUGGCCCGGAACCGGACCAGAGCAGAAUGCCCAAGCCCAGAGUCUACCUGGUCACCAAGUACCUCCCAUGAGUUUCUCCCACCCGGAACCGCCGCGCCGCAGGAGCAACAGCCUCAGUCAGAGCCGUUCACACCGAAAAGGAGUCAGCCAGGACGGCACUGACCGCCACGAUUCCUACAAGUCUCAACAAUCAGCUACAACCAUUUCCAGUUCGAGCGGGGGCUUCGAUGGAGACGAUGGUACUGCACCCGAGCCGGGCAGCCUCUCUCCCGUGGUCGAAUCGCCGUAUUCGGGUGUUGGGCGGUCCCCAGUCUCCUACCCUGCGAUUCCCGGACGGCUGAACAGGUCCAAUCUGCAAGUCCAUCCGCCGCCCGUACGCCCUAUGUAUGCAUCCCCACCCGGCCAGCCUAGUCCGACGCUCGGCCUGAUGCAGCCGGCUGCUGGAGCGGCAUCCAGAGUUCAGAACAGGCUCGCCGACGUUGCGCAUGGUACCGCCAUCCCGCUCGCCGUCGCCCUCGCCGCAUCCGCAACCACUGCGUCUUCAGCGGCCGCAACCGCAGAGGGCCGACGUCCCGCUGCAGCAGGCGCAGGCCGCCAGGAUAUACGAGACAGAGGGACCGACAGAUCCGCAACUGGUCCACCAGAUCCAUCGCGCGCUCUGGGGCGCCCGAGAACACGACCGCCUACCGCGCGCCGUGGGGACGACGACGGCCCCGCGCCGACGGCGCCCAGGACGCACCACGACCGGCACCAGUACCACUGGCACCCGCAGCAGCACAUGCAGCAGCAGAGGCCUGGUCUCCCGCGGCCGGAUCGCUCCGACGGGUCCUCUUCGUGCUCCUCGUUCUCCUCCCUCGCGACCAAGCGCCUGGGCAGCGAGCGCGCGGCCGGCCUGGCUCUGCAGAGCGACGAGUUGGCAGCAGGCAGCCGGUGGCGCCGCGACAACCGCGACGGCGAGCAGGAGAGCAGCAGAAACAACAGCAACAACACCUUCUCCCGAGACGAGCAGUCGCUGCAGCCCCCGACGACCCCUGGAUGGCACCCUACGCUUACCCCGACCAGGAGGGGUGACGAUCUGUUCCUCGAUGUACGGUAG